UCAAAAUAGGUCUGUAUUCGAAAUAUUCGGCUCGUGGCUGUAUUUUGGUUCGCAAGAGUUUUCGACCCUCAGGAACUCGAAUUUGAAAAACCAAAAUGCAGCCAUGUAUCGAAUGUUUUGAAUUCAGAUCUGUUUUAACAAGACUAACCAUCGGAGUCGAGUGCGAACGCGUUUUGUGUGUGUUUGUGACAGUGUUUUGGCUGGAAAUUGAUAUCCUGUGGAAUAACAACUGCACCUAAAGAUUGAAGAUAUGAAGAAGAGCUAAGAAGACAGACGCGCUGGCAGCAAUCAAACGCCAUGAAGAGACACUUGGUUCUCAUUGCCCUCGCGAUUGAAAUCAACCUCUACUUCACCGAGGGCGAUGCGAAGCACCAGCAAAACUCUGCUUCCAACAACUUGCCGGCGCCUCUUAACGGACCCAGUAGCAAAAAUGGAGAGAUUCCAGACGGGCCGAUCAGGGAAGUCCUCGCCCAGACUGGAGGCACGGCUACCCUUCCCUGCAAGCUCACGGAUCCAGGAGCCGGCAUCGUAACGUGGAUCCGGCGCAGAGAUCGCCAACUUUUGACCGUCGGAGCAGCGACGCAUUCGGUGGACAGUCGCUUUGUGAUACGACCCUCGAGCUCGGACUGGGCUCUCCUCAUCAGAGGAGUCACUUUUCAGGACGCUGGGGUGUACGAGUGUCAGGUCGCUACCCACCCGGUCCAGCAGAAUUUCGCCCGACUGAAGAUCACCGAGGCAUAUUCCAUAAUACCUGGAGCACCAGACCUCCACGUCAAGCAGGGCUCAAGCCUACGUUUGGAGUGCCAACUGAUGUCGGCAACGGAGCCACCGAUUUAUGUAUUCUGGUAUCGCCAGGGCAGGAUGAUCAACUACGACGCUGAACCUGGCGUCAAGGUGAAGGCGACGGAGACGGGCUCCACCCUGGUCGUUAAUAAGACGAAACCAUCCCACGGUGGCAACUACACUUGCGCCCCGAGCAACGCGAGGCCAGCAUACGUUAUAGUUCACGUUAUCGAAGAGGAGGAAAAACCGGCCGCAAUGCACGGUGGCGAUCGGCGAAAUCUGAGCCCCGCCAUUCUCGCGAGUAACUUCCUCGUCACCCUGUUGGCAACGGUCAGCUGGAGGAUACCGAGUUUUACGAGCCUCUACCCCACGUGAGAGGGAAGCGUCGGUUUAGGGAGGGCCACGCGUUUCUGACCGAAUCCCCGACGGCCACUCGGAGAAAGAAACUUGACCGACGACAGACAACGAACACCGUUGUUGUAUGUGGGGCGGUUAUUCCCUCCGCGGGAGAGAAGGAGGAUCACAAGGAAGAGGUCCGAGGUCAACAGUCGUUCUCCGGAAGGCGUCACGGGCGAUUCAACGCCGCAGUUUCUAGGUCCGUAUGUAUACAUAUAUAUUUAUUGCUGCAAGGAAGAGGAAAGAAGAGCCGGAGACUCAGCGAUCCCCGCAAGAUGAGUGCCGAUCUACCCUAGAGUCGUCUGCUCGUCUUAACUAUCCGGAUACCUAUACCAAAAACCAAAAGGCAAGAUAACAAAAAAUAAAAAAAAUUCUCAAACCCAUGUAAAUAAAUAACCGACGUAUGCUAUGAAAAUAUGAUUAUAUAAUUAAGAAUAAAAA